UGAGAGACAAGAGAAGAGCCCUAGAAACGGACGGACGUUGUUUGAUCGGUGGCACGCCUGACUGGGAUCGUUAAUCCUCCAUUCUUGACCCAACCGAAUCCAGGCCCCCUUGAGGCCCAUUGAACCGGCCCCUUCAACUCCUACCUAGAGUGAGUAUUGUGGCCUCAAUUGGAGAUCAUCCGCGACGCCCGUGACGCCCUUGAGGAGCGACCGUGACGCCCGUGGAUUCUGAGGUGGUGAGCAUGCCUUCUCGGGAAGGGACACGCGUGUUUCUGGGCAAUCUGGCCUACGAUGCCCGUGAGCGCGAUGUUGAGCGCUUCUUUGACAAAUUCGGGCGCGUUCGCAACAUCUUCAUCAAGCCCGGGAAAUACGGAUUCGUGGAAUUCGACGACUACCGCGAUGCUGAUGAUGCCGUUUUCGAGUUGAACGGACAGAAACUCUUGGGCGAGAAGGUCACGGUUGAGCAUGCCCGAGGUCCCCGACGAGAUCGUCGUGAUGGCGGGGGCGGAGGCCGUGAUGGUGGGCGCGAUGGCCGUGGACGGGCUAAUUGGGUGGAGAAGUAUGGCCCACCCACCCGGACCAACUACCGGAUCAUCGUCGAGAAUUUGUCUUCUCGGGUGUCUUGGCAGGAUCUCAAAGAUCUCAUGCGACGAGCUGGAGAGGUUUGUUAUGCCAAUGCCCACAAUGAUCGUCGAAAUGAAGGAGUCGUUGAGUUCUCGAGUCGUCGAGACAUGGAAAGAGCCAUGGAUAAGUUCGAAGGCUAUGAUCUCCAUGGACGAAAACUCCACAUCGUCAAAGAAAAAGGGGACUCGCGCUCUCGAUCGCGCUCCCGAUCCCGAUCCCGUUCUCGUUCCCGAACUCCAAGAUCCAAAUCCCGAUCCCAUUCUCGGUCCCGCUCGGGUUCCAGGGAUCAAGACGCUCGAGACAAGAAAUCAGCGUCUCGGGACCGUUCCCGAUCGGCUGAUGCUCAGGAUAAGAACGAUAAGAAGUCGGAGGCCCGAUCCCGUUCCAGAUCCCGGUCCAAAUCUCGGGAUCGAUCUCGCUCCCGCUCUGUGGAAAAGUCCAAACGAAGACUGUCUGGAUCCCGAUCCCGAUCUCGAUCCCGAUCUCGCUCGAUGGACAAGGAAGACAGAGAAAAGAAAUCCGUCUCUCGCUCGCCUUCCCGAUCACCGGCUAAUGACGAUCAAAAGAGGCGUUCCCACUCCAGGUCUCGAAGUGCCGAACGGCGAUCUCGGUCCAGAAGUCCUCGCGAUCAAUCUCCAGGGGAUGAUCGCAAACGUUCUGCCUCGCCUGAUGCCCGAAUGGAAGACGUUGACGCCAAAAAAGCAAGGAUUGCCGAAGACGGCCAAGACAUAGGAGCCAAGACUGACGCUCAGGAUGAGGACCUUCCCACUAAAAAUGGAGAUCAAAGUCAAGAAUGAGUAGCCGCGAAACAAACCAGUCAAAUUGUAUAAAUUGGGCUGCUGAAAGGCUCACGUGUGUCGUCGGACUUAAACAGUAAAAGAAAAUAACCUGAAAAUGUUCCCACUCGCCUCAAAAUUACCAGUUCAAAACAUCUUACUAAAUACUGUGAAAAAAAAAAAGUUUGUUAAUAAACUACGAUAUCCAAAGGG